AUGGAGCCCCUAGUACUCCAACCACCAGAACAACUUCCUUUCAAAAUUUACAUCACGACGGGCACGGAGGCUUUUGGACUAUACCUUUUCCAAUGUUCACAGCUUGGCAAGCCACUACAUGCAACAUAUUAUGCCUCACAUUCGUUCGAGGAGAUUGGAAAGAAGUACGUGGAUGCAGAAAAAGAAGCAAUGGCUGUUGUUUAUACCUUGGAGCGAUUUUGUCACUUUCUUGCUGGAGCCUGUAUCCAUUCCCAUGUUUGUUUUAUUGUGCUGACUUUUCUUUUACAGCGACUAGUUCACAGUCCUCGUACUUUAUCUUGGAUUGUGACCAUUCAAGAGUUCCAGCCAACUUUUCACAUGCGGCGGAAGUGUGUGAUGCAUCUUCUCCAACAGCUACAGGUCAAGCAUGUGAAGAGCAGCAGCUAUUCUCCUGAGUGCAAUGGCCAGGCGGAAUCCAGUAACAAGAUAUUGAAGACAGUCAUCUCAAAGCUUGUGGAGAAUCACCCAAGGCGUUGGCACGAACACUUAGUUAUGGCAUGGUGGGCCUUUUAG